AUGAGGGAAGCGGCAGCUCCGUCCACGUUGGAAGAGUCGAGUGUGGCGGAAAUGAACGUGGCCACCUUCUUACCGAAGCACCCAGAGGCCACAGUAAAGCUCCCGGCUUCCAUCGGCCUGACAGUGGGGGUGCAGCUCCUGAGGAAGCGUGGAAACUCCGUGCUGCACCCCUGGCCAUCCGAAACGUCGGGUGAAAAGACCGUGGACCCUUUCUUCUCCCAGGAAGAAGGCGCUGUGUCAACUGUUAUGCUCGGCGAACUUUACAGGGAAAAGUCUAUCCUGGAACCUGCAUCUGACCCUUAG